AUGGAGCCCACAGCUCACAGCCAGAAGAAGGCAUCCACCCCUUCCAUCCCAGAGACAGCAGAAGACCUUGCCCUCAAAUUAAAUAUUGCAGUGAGGAACAGCAAUAUCAAAGAUGUGCUGGAGCUGCUGGAGAAAGGGGCAGAUGUGAACUCCAAAGCAGGAUGCGGCUGGACACCGCUGCAGAGCGCCGUGCAAGCUAACGAAGAGGACCUGGUCCGGCUUCUGCUAGACAGGGGUGCUUGUCCACGUGCCAGGAAGGACAAUGGUGGCACAGCAUUUACUGAGGCAGCGAUAGCAGGAAAUGUGACUAUACUGGAGCUCCUCCUUGACUGUGGGUUAAAUAUUAAUGACCAUGAUGACAAUGGCUUCACAGCGUUCAUGGAGGCAGCAUGGUAUGGGAAUGAGGAAGCCUUGAAAUUCUUGUAUAGCAAAGGAGCAAAUGUGAAUUUGAGGAGGGAAGUUAGUGAGGAGAAAGCGAAACUGCAUAAAGGAGGUGUGACAGCACUAAUGGAUGCCUGUAGGAGGGGCCACGUCUCAGUUGUAAAAACUCUUGUCCAAGAGAUGGGUGCUGAUGUGAACAUUUGUGACAACAAAGAUAGGAAUGCCUUGAUCCAUGCCCUCAAGGAGGGUUGUGCCAGGGAAAGAUACCAGUCAGCUGUCUCCAUAGGCCAUUUCCUGCUGGAUCAUGGUGUUGAUGUGAACAGCAAAGAUGAAUGUGGGAAAAGUGCCCUUAUCCUCGCUGUUGAAAUGGAGAGCUCAGAUUUGGUGGAAGCCUUAUUGGAGAAGGGUGAGAUAGAUGUUAAUGAUGCAGAUGAGGAGGGCAACACAGCACUGGUGGUGGCUGUAGAGAAAAACAACUACCAUAUAGCAGAAGUGUUGUGUAAAAAAGGAGCAAGGACUGAUGUUGGGAACCUUAUCGCUGUUGCGAAUAGGAACCGUGCUUAUAAUAUGGCACGUCUUCUUCGCCAGUAUGAUGCCAGGUUUGUUCCAGAAACUCUCAAAGACUGGGAACCAAACAGCAAGCGCUGGAGGGACCAGCUGGAAUGUCUUUAUAAAAUGUAUCGCCCUAUGAUUUGCAAACUGAAGACAUUUCAGUUCUUCCGGCUGAGAAUCCAGAACACUUCCCAGGGUGGCAUCUACCUGGGGCUCCACGGUGAGACGGAGGUAGCAGUAAGAAUAAGCCGCAGUACAGAGGGUGAGAAAGAGAAAAGGUUCUUUGAACAAUGUGGCACCUGUGAACAUCUGCUGAAGCUCUUCCAGUUUGAGAAGGCAAGAGGCUACAUGUACUUGUGCUUCCCGCUCUGGGAGAAAAACCUUGAAGAACAUCUGCAGGAAUCAGAAGACCAAAUUGAUUACAAAGAUGCUGUGAAGAUGAUCUUCCAGGCAGUGAGAGAGCUGCACUCCCUUGGAUAUGCUCACCAGGAUCUGCAUCCCAGGAACUUCUGCAUAGAUUUAGGUGGCAAAAUUUACUUGGCGGACUUUGAUAAUAAAAGAAAGUUGAUUGAAGGCAAAAAAGAACUUGUAAAUUCAGAUUUAGAGGCGCUUGGCAGGCUCGUGCUGUAUGUUUUAACGGGGGGUAGGAAACCCCUUCAGCAAGUCAGUACUGAGGAUUUGGCAGCCGAUUCUGCAGAUUACAAUGAGGCUCUGGACCUUGUAAGUAGCCUGGUCUCUCAUGAUGAACGAGGCUUGGAAGGUUUGAGCAGGCAUCCCUAUUUCUGGACCAAACAGACCAGGUUCAAGUUCCUGAAGAGUAUAUGGAAUAAAAUCAAAGAUCUCCAGAACCGAAGAGCUGUCUUUCAAGCUUCUAAUGCUACUGCAAGUUUUCCUUAUCCACGGUGGACCAAGGAGAUUGACAGAGAUGUUCUGAAAAUCAUGAAAAAUCCCAGGAAAGUAAAACCAUUAAAAUAUAGCAAUGAUGUCACCGACCUCCUGAGGUUCAUCAGAAACCUGGAUGAACACCCAGAUAGCAGGAUCAGCGAAAUAAUAGGAGAUCAUGCUGAGUAUUUCUUGGAGCUUUUUCCAGCACUUACCAUUUAUGUUUACAACACUUUACGCCAGAAUCCUGAAUACAGCCACUUUGCAGACAUUCAGGAGCCUUCUCUGUAG